AUGGCUCUAAAAGCACUUGUCGGGCAAAAGAUUAUGAAUGAGGUGAUCCGCUACCGCGGACCCAAAGGCAAAGAAUCUCAGCGUAUAGAAUGGCGCAUUCUCAUUGUGGACCAGCUUUCUAUGCGCAUGGUUUCAGCAUGCUGCAAAAUGCACAAUAUUUCAGCAGAAGGAAUCACUUUGGUAGAAGACAUCCACAAAAAGCGGGAGCCCCUGUACACAAUGGAUGGCAUUUAUCUCAUCACUCCAACAGAGAAAUCUGUGCAUGCCCUUAUCAAUGAUUUCUCUGUUGGAAACCGCAUCAUGUAUAAGGCAGCACAUGUUUUCUUCACUGAAGCAUGUCCCGAUCCGCUAUUUGAUGAAUUAUCACGUAGUCCAGUAGCUAAACAUAUCAAAACAUUAAAGGAGAUCAACAUAGCUUUCAUACCAUAUGAACAACAGGAAUUGUUCAAUGAGUUGUGCAAGUCUUCAGCGGCUAGAAAGAUCAAAACUUUAAAGGAAAUCAACAUUGCUUUCUUGCCAUAUGAGAGUCAGGUGUUCUCCCUGGACUCGCCAGACACGUUCCAGUGCAUGUACAACCCGGCGCUGACGCAGACCCGCAAUGCCAAUAUGGAGCGCAUCGCUGAACAGAUCGCCACUCUCUGCGCUACUCUUGGAGAAUAUCCCUCUGUUCGUUAUCGCAGCGAUUGGGAGCGCAAUGUGGAGCUCGCCCAGCUUAUACAGCAGAAACUUGACGCUUAUAAGGCAGAUGAGCCGACAAUGGGUGAGGGUCCGGAGAAGGCACGCUCGCAGCUGCUAGUACUGGACCGCGGCUUCGACUGUGUGUCGCCGCUGCUGCACGAGCUCACGCUGCAGGCCAUGGCGUACGACCUGCUGCCCAUCGAGAAUGAUGUGUACAGAUAUGAAGCGACCCAAGGCAACAUGAAAGAAGUACUGCUGGACGAGAACGACGAGCUGUGGGUGGAGCUGCGCCACCAGCACAUCGCUGUGGUGUCCACCUCGGUUACCAAGAACCUGAAAAAGUUCACAGAGUCCAAGCGUAUGGGAGGAGGUGACAAGCAAUCUAUGCGUGACCUCUCCCAAAUGAUCAAGAAAAUGCCGCAGUAUCAGAAGGAGCUGUCGAAGUACGCGACGCACCUGCGCCUUGCCGAGGACUGCAUGAAGGCCUACCAGGGAUAUGUCGACAAGCUGUGCAAAGUUGAACAGGAUCUUGCUAUGGGCACUGAUGCUGAGGGUGAAAAAAUCAAAGAUCAUAUGAGGAGCAUUGUGCCAGUGCUUCUGGAUCAAUCAAUCAAGAACUACGACAAGAUGCGUAUAAUCGCUCUAUACAUCAUGUCCAAGAACGGCAUCUCCGAAGAGAACCUCAACAAGCUGGUGACGCACGCGCAGCUCGAGCUGUCCGACAAGCAGGCGCUGCUCAACCUCGCCAACCUCGGCCUUAAUGUGGUCAUCGAUGGAAACAGGAAGAAGCAAUACCAAGUGCCGCGUAAAGAGCGUAUCACCGAACAGACGUACCAGAUGUCGCGAUGGACCCCAGUUAUUAAGGAUAUCAUGGAAGACGCGAUCGAUGACAAGCUGGACCAACGACACUUCCCCUUCCUCGCCGGUCGCGCUCAGACCUCUGGGUACCAAGCACCCACCAGCGUACGCUAUGGACACUGGCAUAAAGAUAAGGCGCAACAAACUAUUAAGAAUGUGCCCCGUUUGAUCGUUUUCAUCGUAGGAGGUGUGUGCUUCUCUGAGAUUCGUUGCGCCUACGAAGUGACUGCUGCAUUGAAGAACUGGGAAGUUAUCAUUGGCUCCUCUCACAUCUCCACUCCGGACAGCUUCCUCUCCGAUCUCAGCUCUCUUACUGCU